UAUUUUAUCUUGACGCGGAUGGAAGUGGGUUGAAUAUUUUGUUCUAGCGCUUUUCUACCAAACCUUACAAGCAUGCAUGGAAAUGAAUUGAAAUCAAAUUGACAUCUAUAACAGACUUGGAUUGAUCACAGGCUAUUUUGUUUACUGUUUGCAGAUAAAAGAAAAAGUCUUACCUUUUUUUACCUAAAUGAAUAAAUAUGUCAUUUUAUUUGAGAACUGUCCGUGGUACUACGACAAGCUAUGACGUUGUCAAACUAAAAACAAAAGCUGAAUACAAGGAAACAAAGUGAUUAUCAACUGGGAACAGGUGGGGAUGGGAACCAGGUAGCGUUCAUUACAAACAGGUAAAGCACACCCCUUGGGAGCUUUCAUAAAAAAACAACACAAUCCCGAAGGAGUAAAAAACCUUCAGCUGGGAAGACAAUUACCAGAAUACUAAAGCGCUUUCAAAGAAGCUCAACAAUAUUGCUCAACAAAAUUACGAUUAAGAACUUUUGUUCCUUACAAUGGCCAGCUGCUGUUCCAUCCGCCCUGUUGCUUGUCUCAAGGUGAAUUCCGACCUUUCUUUAACAUUUGUAUUGGUAUUUAGUGAACAAUAGUUGUCAUCUUUUACAGAUAAGCUUCCAUUGUCCUUCUAAGAUAUUUGACGCAUGAUUGCAAAGCUCAUGCCAGGCGGCUCUAAAUUUGAAUGGCCGUGUUGUUUUUUUUGGGCUUGUGUAAGCCUCGCUUGACUGACUCAAGAACAGGUUUUGAGUGUCAUUCACCAUAAAUUAUUCAGGUGCUCAAUAAAGGAGAAAUGACCAAGUAUGAGUAUGACUCCAAAUUAUUAAUUUAAUUACAGUAUUAAAAUUCCCGCGGAGAAAUUUUGAUGGAUAGACAGUAUUAAAAUUAUUUAUCUAUAGAAUAAUAGUGGGCCUAAAAUGGAGCCCUGAGGAGCACCAUAACAAUUUUUUAGCUAUCUAGAGAAUAAUAGUGGGCCUAAUAUGGAGCCCUGAGGAGCACCAUAACAGAUUUUGAGCUAUCUAGAGAAUAAUAGUGGGCCUAAAAUGGAGCCCUGAGGAUCACCAUAACAAAUUUUGAGCUAUUUAGGCUUGUGUGAAAAGCACAAAACUUUAAGCGGGUGUGACACCUUGGUUUCUAUGAUGUUCACAUUUCCACUCCCACAGCCACACGAGAUGUUGUCCAGACUGCGACCAACUUGGCUCCUGUUUAUCCUCCUGUGUUUCACUGCUGCCAAUUUGUACUAUAAAUUCAAAUGGAAUAUGCCAAACUUGUAUUGGCUCUGGCCGCACAGUGUCUGCAGCUGCCAAAAAUGUUUGGCUGAGGGUGCACACGAGUUUAAAUCGCUAAUGGACGCCUCACCAAAGCCUUUUUUGUCCAUACCAAGUCCAACCACGGAGGAUGAUUUCAACUGGUGGAAGAAAUUGCAGACGGAGCAGCGCUCCUUUGUUUUUUUAAAUGAAACUAUCAACAACCUAUUUGCGAUUUUUCCGCACGUCCCUCAAGUUGAGCAGCCAUCGCCUGACCGUUGCAGGACUUGUGCGGUGGUGGGCAAUUCGGGCAAUCUCAAAGGAUCGCACUAUGGACCUCUGAUCGAUCACCAUAACAUGGUAAUAAGAUUGAACCGCGGGCCCACAAAGGGCUAUGAGUCAGACGUUGGCAGCAAGACAACUCAUCGUGUCAUGUAUCCAGAGAGCGCCAGCAGUUUGGACAACAGCACUCAUCUGGUGUUCUUUCCGUUUAAGAUAAAUGACCUGCUUUGGCUGCUCAGGAGCUUUGCCCCUCGAGAAAAUGGGCAAGAAAACCCAAAGAGGAUUGGCAACAAGAACUUGGUGAUGAUCAUAAACCCGGCAUUUCUGAAAUAUGUUCAUGAAAUAUGGCUGAAAAAGAGAGGCCGCUAUCCAUCCACUGGAUUUAUGACCUUGGUGCUCAGCUUGCAACUUUGUGAUGACGUCAGUGUUUUUGGCUUUGGUGCUGACAGAGAUGGAAAUUGGAACCAUUAUUUUGAGAUCCUGAGAAACAAAAAACUGAGAACUGGACCUCAUCCUGGCAUGCAGGAAUAUGAGGUCAUUCGUGAGUUGCAUCAGAGGCAGAUCAUUCGUUUUUUUCAAGGACUGUAACCUGCUUGGGACUCUCACUCAUUCAACAUUGAUUGGGGUUUAUUUACAUGCCCUUCCAUCCAGUUCCUGUUUUUAAUAUGAGGUAUAGAAGGUAAAUAUAUUUAUUGUAUAACAGUGUUGUCUUCCUUCUAAAAAUAUCAAAUAAAAGUUUUUAAACUUU